AUGAUGCGUUUCACCAUUGGCGUCGUCUGCGUGGUGGCUGUCCUUCUCUCCCUGGCUGAAGUCAGCGAAGCCAACUACAAGAACGCACCCAUGAACGGCAUCAUGUUCGGCAAGAGGGGACCAACUGAAUACGACCAACGCAGCAAGACCUUCACGGCUCUGUGCGAGAUCGCCACUGAGGCUUGCCAGGCGUGGUUCCCAUCUCCCGAAAACAAGUGA